AUGGUCAAUCUCAGACCGGCUGAAAUAUUAAUUUCUUGCACACGUGAACCACGUGAAACCUUCGUAGGCUGUGUGGUUUUGGACAACAUCGCAGCCAAUGAAGUCAUAGUCCCGUUGCAGAAAUCAAGUUCAGCUUCCCAACUCCAACUGAAGUUUGCUGAGGAAGGCACAUUUGACCAAGUCACUUUACCAGAGGUCGGUGAAGGAUGCUCCGACUACUUGCCGUGUUUGGAUUUGUCCGCGUGCUCGGAUGCUGGGACUCACUCGAUCAACCUAGAUGAAUCACAACACAGUCUUCCAUAUGAAGGAAAUGGUCCAUUAUCUCAGCAAACAAGUAAGUUACUUGCAUCUCCUUGCUCUCCAAGUCCCGAACGUGACGAGAGUGGGCUACAGUUUGCAUUCAGUCCCGAAAUAUGCGAUGUAUCACCUCCAUUGGCCAGAUUUGAAAUGGAACCUGAAGAUGCAGCCACGGUUACGAUGCGCUGCGAACUAUCUUCCGAGUUGUCCGGUCGAUCGAGUAAGGUGACCCUUCUAGCAAAUGCGGUUGGGGAAGUUCUGGAUGGCAAACAAGAGGCUGCGCCGAACGAAGACAUCACGUGGUCCUUCAGUGAAAAUCCCAUCCGGCUUUUUAAAAACCAGCUGGAGGCGCUUAGUUAUAAAUAA